CAAUAAAAUCAGACCGUUCCUUUCAAACCCCAUUACCCUACACACAGGCAGCCACUUUAGUCAAUCAAUCUCCAACCACACACACUUGUCUCCUUCAAAUGUCACCCCUGAUAUCUAUCUCCGGUGGAACCCCAUUUCCGAUUAUACUUCCAAACAAACCCACAGUCGGCCCAGCUUCCCGACGACGUUUCACGACUUCAUUUGCUUCUCUGGCAUCAUCCCCGCAGUCUCCACCACCUCAUCCAAAGUCAAAGUCAAACACACCCUCUUCAAUCCCACAUGAUAACAACUUCAAUUACGCCAUUUCGAGCCCCAAUGGUGCUAAUCCUGGUUUGCAGUUUGUCAAGUCAGCUGAAUCUGAUAUCGAAAAGGUGAUAUUUGACUUUCGGUUUUUGGCACUUCUGGCUGUUGGAGGUUCAUUAGCUGGAUCCUUGCUAUGCUUUCUCAAUGGUUGUGUUUAUAUUGUUGAUGCAUAUAAAGUCUAUUGGACAAGCUGUUCAAAGGGUGUUCAUACCGGGAAGAUGGUGCUUCGAUUAGUUGAAGCAAUUGAUGUUUAUCUCGCUGGAACGGUGAUGCUCAUAUUUGCUAUGGGUUUGUAUGGAUUAUUCAUAAGUAAUGCUCCUGAUAAUGUGUCACCAGCAGAGGAUCGUGCUCUCAAGGGUUCUACCCUUUUUGGGAUGUUCGCUUUAAGAGAGCGACCUAAAUGGAUGAAGAUUAGCUCACUCGACGAAUUGAAGACAAAAGUUGGACAUGUGAUUGUGAUGAUUCUUCUAGUAAAGAUGUUCGAGAGGAGCAAAAUGGUUACCAUAGCGACUGGUUUGGAUCUGUUAAGCUACUCCUUUUGUAUAUUCCUAUCGUCUGCUUCGUUGUAUAUUCUUCACAAUCUUCACAAAGAUGACCAUAAAUAAUUAGCUUCAACAUAUAGAUAUAUGUCAUCCAAAUGUUUUAUCACCUGAAUUUUAUAGCUUCUUUUUAUAAGGUAAAUAAGUAGAUACGUAUUACGUGUAAA